AUGGAAAGUGGAUGGAGGAACCCUUUCAACUCCAGUUGCAGUGGCGGCGACGACGGUGGUGGAGGUGGUGGUGACGACAGCGUGGGUCAGAAUGGUAAUUUCGCAAACAGUGCAUGGGAUAUCUGGGACAUUGGUACAACUACGACAACUACUGCUACUACGACUACCACUGGUGGUACGCGUUAUGAUUGGAGCAAUCACGGCGUCAGUAGCAUUCCCGCCGUUACCUCCUCCGCCGCGAGGGUACCGGAGGAGAGUGUGGUUCACGCGCUUCUAUUCGGGGUGGCUGAUAGUAACGACGGUGGCGUCAUCCACUUGCAGGACAAUCGCCGUCUCUACGGCGGAAUUGGGUCGAUCAACCACCGCAUACCGGACCCACACAUGAUGUGCUUGAAGCUGGGGAAGAGACACUACUGUGAGGAUGCCGUCGUCCCUGACAGACACGUGUUGGCGGCGGAAUCAUCAUUUUCCUCCACCAAGAGAGCUGGCAAGCCACCGUAUCCGUAUUACGUCUGUGACAGUACGACGACGGCAAUACCAGGGGUGAGAACACCGUCUUCACCGGCGACGGUGGCGAGAUGCCAGGUGGAAGGGUGCCACGUGGCGCUUACUAACGCUAAGGAAUACUAUAAGAGGCAUAAGGUGUGUGAAAUCCAUUCAAAGGCUCCCAAGGUUGUGGUGUUAGGCCUUCAACAGCGAUUCUGUCAGCAGUGUAGCAGGUUUCAUGGUGUGACAGAGUUUGACGAGGCAAAAAGGAGUUGCAGACGGAGAUUAGAAGGACAUAAUCAAAGACGGAGAAAGGGAACUCUUCCGAGUUCUCUUCAUAAAAGAUUUCAACAUUCUCAUGGGUGUGCUCUCUCUCUUCUGUCAUCUCCAAAAAUCGAACCCUGGAUUUCUUCGGGAGACCUGUCGUCAAGAUGUAGCGCUGCUCUUUGUGAAUUAAUUGCCGCGAAUAGAGCAACUACCGUGGUUGGGCAUUUAUGGAAUCAAAAUAGUUCUCAUCAACCGGUUGUUGAGGACACAAUCCAGACGUUACCCAAUACGCAAAUGUGGGACCGGUUCAACGAUAAAGACACAAGCAUGACGCUUGACUUAAUGCAGGCUCCAGCUUUGGAUGUUGGCCUUCUGUCCAUGAAGGAGAAGGCCAAGGAUCAUGAAGACUGGAACGACUAUUGUUGGUCCGCCUUCUAG